AUGGCUAGCAUUGUCCAGGAAGUUAGUGGUGCAGAGGUUUCCUUUGAUCAAGCAGUGGAGGAUGGGAUUGUCCCUAAACCACCGUUGCUUAGCUUCAAUGGUUGGCAAGCCUGGAGAGCUGGGCCCGGGAAGAGGCCAGCUAAAAAGAAGGGAGACUCAGUGUCUACUUCUAGCAAAGAAGAGUCAGCUCUCUGGAAGGCUGCCAUGGAAAAGUACCAUGGUCCUGGUUGGCGCGAAGCCCUGGACGAACAGGAAGCAGAAGUAGCAGAACGGGAAGGUGAAGAAGAAGAAGAAGAAGAGCUGGUGGCGGAUGAUCCGGAACCGAGGGCGGGUAGUCCUGUGGCGGGUCCUGCGGGACAGGCCAGCAAGGAGCUUGUCGAGCGGCUAAGGACUCUGCCAGGAGCUGGGACCUUUUCGGGUGCUACUUCCCUUGCUUCGGGUGGCGGGACGGUAGUGGAUCAGCUGACACGGAAGCUCACUGAACCAUUCGAGCCUAUGAUGGAGACGCUAGACCGCCACCAGAAGCGCGUCACCAGGUGCGCUGAGGCUUUAGAGAUGAGCGGGGAGUUUGUUGAACAGCUACGGCAUCUCAAGAUGCGUUUUGCGCAAGAGCUUGUGGAUGGUGCGGAGGGUGAGGAGAAGAGAGAAGUGCGUCUCUCUACCCUUCUCACAAUGGUGGAGGAACGCAGGGAAGUUCCGAGACCAUUGGCGUCGGAGGCCAUUGGGAGUGCGGAAGUUGCAGCCGCUAAGGCUAAGCCUACGGAACCCGAGCUGCGUGGAGUCGCGAGCUCUGGGGCGGCUGUGGCGGAAGCUCUGGAGAAGAGUAAGGGGCGAAAGCAAAGACCUCGCUCUACCAUCCAGAUCUCUCCGAAAGUCACAUGGCCCGUUUUGGAUGACGACUUCACGGACCAUAAGUCUGUGACUGAUUUCUAUGAUCAGUUUGAGUCGACGGUUCAUCUGGCGAAUUCCUACGACCUGCUGUACAAGCGAGGCCUGAGCAUCGGAACUGUGAAGACGGACCCUGGGAAGGUCUAUCAGGAAAUCAAGUCGAAACACUUGAUGUUUUCCGAGACUCAGGAGGAGCGUGAGUUGCGGGUUUUGGAGGCUUGGGACCAGUUGUCCAAGGGGCGGCUGACUGCUCACCAGUGGGAAACUGUGUGGGAGGAGCGGCUGUCCGAGCGCGAAGCUGUUGGGCUUCGAAUGACAGCUCGUGAGACCAUGCUUCAGUAUCUUAAGAAAGUGGGCCCGGAGUUGUCGGGCGAGAUCCGCCGGGACAAGAGGUACAGGAGUGAUGGAGCUGGGGACACUGUCUUCCGGGCAUGUGCUACCUGGGAGGAAGCUCACGAAGUGCUCAAGGAAUACGAGUCUAUGAAGGCAGGCUUGAAGGCGCUUCAGAACGCGAGUUUCUCGACCCCGUCCCCGGGCGCGGGGUUGACAGCGAAACAGAAGAAGUUGCUUGCUAAGGCAGAGAAGCUCGAGAAGGCCGAGAAGGAGCAGCGGCAGCUAGAUGCUGUCAAUGCUCAGACUCCGUCUGGUUCGGGGCAGAAGGGUUGCUUUAACAUGCGAGACCAUGGAUCCUGCAAGCACGGGGACAAGUGUCGCUUUUCGCAUGAUAAGAACCAGGUGGAGGCGUCGAAGAAGGCGAAGAAGGAAGCGGAGAGAGGACGGAACACCGACGUCGGAGCUGCAGGCUCUGGUCAGCGGAGGCCGUCCAGCCAGGGUAAGGGAGCCGGGAAGGACAAGAAGUCCCUACCUUGCCGUUUCUUGAACUCGAAGAGAGGCUGCCUGAAGGGAGACAAGUGUGAGUACAGCCACAAGCAGAAGGACCAGCCUAAGAAGAAGGGCGACGGUAAAGGAAAGAAGGGCGACGGUCGUAGUACUGUCCCUGGUGUCCAGCUGUCGACCAUGGAUGGUCCUGCUGGCCUUGCUGAGGAAGAGGGCUUCGCCUGUGUGGAGUCCAGCAUCGUCCCGAGCGAAGCUAACACCGCGGCUCCGGAGGCGAGUGGGAUUUUGAAGAAGGAAGUACGCUUUGAGGACGCCGGAAAGAAUCGUAAGAAGAAGGGCAAGGGCAAGGGUAAAGGCAAGGGAGACGCCGGUGCCCGUGGAUCCCCCAAGCCGGAGCUUGAGGAGAAGCGCAAGGGCGCGGAGCUCAGGUUCAAGGACAUCCCUGCGAACUGGUUUGUGACGAAGUCCAACGCGAGAGGCGGCUACCAGUGUCGCACGGAGGUGAGCAUUUACGGGAGGUUGGUUCCUACGAUGCUCGAUACGUGUGCUGGGUGCAACAGUUGCACUGAAGAGAUGGUGUGCGGGCUGCUGACGACGGCUAUGGACGACGAUCCUAACUUUCCGCUAGUGCAGCAGAAACAUGGAGCCGUGUUGAGAGUCAAACUUCCCGACAUCUCUGCGAGCAAGGGCAAGGAAAUCCUGGAGGGCAUUCUUCUGCCAAGAAGGGAGGAGAUAGAGACGUUGGAGGGCAAGGCUUACCCCUUCGUGGACAGUGUCGUGUCAACCUUCGAAGAAGCUUGGGACGGCAAGGAGUCUGGAAGGAGCUACGAGGAGGACGGUGAGGUGCUAGUGUGCACUGAGGCGUGCUCUUUCGACCGGAACACAUCGGUGGCUGGGCGCGCGUGGCUCGAGCUGGGCCGCCCGCCGAGCCAACGGGAUUUGGGAGGCAACGACUCUUGGGUUUUUGUGGAAGUCGAGUCGCGUGUGGACCUGGAGUUGGGAACGCCGGUGGCUACCUUGGUGCGAAAAGGAGCCGGGGUGCAGCGCUGGCCAAGCUGUGGGCACGUGGACGAGUGCUGGUUGCCUGCGCAAGCCGCAGCGCCAUGCACGUGUGGUCCUUGGCCACCUGUGGUGAUGCCUGUUUGUGCACGCUGCAUCCGAUCCAUGGCAGCAUCGACGGAUGCCGCCUUGACUUUCGAGCUGAAAAGCACAGCCGGAAUACGAGGAAAGGGGGGGGGGGCAGCGGUUGCCGGGAUGAUGGCCUGCCUGUCCGCAGCUCUCGUGGCGGAUUCGGUCUUCCACGUCAUCGAGACGCCUGGAGCUAUCGAUGAGCUUGCGGAGCGAGGGCCUACCGAUGCCUACUAUGCGGCUUUGAAACAGGAGGAAGCUGCUGUUUUGAGCACGUCGGUGUCGGCUGGUUUGAUGAAGAGGGCAGGUGUGGCGCCGACGCUGAAGGUGCUGUACGUGCCGGGCUACUGCAGGCCUGAGGAAAGGAUGAUGCUGACUUCGAGCCUGAUGCGCCUUUUGCGCGACUCGUUCGGGGAAAGCUGGGACGUCAAGAUAGCCUUGCAGGAGCCGCCCUUCGAAGACUUCGAGGGCAACCUUGCUCACUUUGCGAAGGCCAGGGCGGUGCUGUGGUGUCAGUCGGUGGCGGUAGAAAACGUGCUGCUUGCCCGGAACGUUCGGCCAGAGGAGGGGAGAGAAAUCGCUAGGGCUUGGGGCUCUUUGAAGCUCCUGGUGGCGGAUAGGCCUCGGCUGGGAACGGCGAAGCCUGGAAUGGAGUUGCUCCUGGAAGCGUGUCCAGAGCUCCAAGAAGCGUGCCCUGUUGCCGACCUUCCGCUUUUGGCGGUCAUUCCUCCGGGAACUCCCAAGAAAGAGGAAAUUGUGGACUUUGCGACGUCCAUAAGGGCUUCUGUGCUGAGAGGGCUGGACGAUGUGGUGUGGUCGUCCUGGUUGGACGGCGCCAAGCGAGAGAUGUGGGAGCACUCUGGCUCUUGCGUGUGCGGCAAGAGGACCAUGUUGUUUGGGCAGUGUUUCCGCUGCAUGCGUGAGGAGGAGAAGGAGUUGAGCCGAGCCGAAAGGGAAGGAGAGUGCGGUGCGGCUGUUAUCUCGGCGUUGAAGUAUACCCCGGAACGUGUCCAACCAGACCUCACGGUUAGCGGGCUCCAGGAGCUGUUUUCAGCUCCGGAGCCGCUGCCGCGGGACUUUGUGCGCCUGGCAGUGCACUGGAAGAAGGAUUAUACUUUGAUUCUCCCGAAGCCUGCUGGGUGGCCCGCGGCGAAGUUGGUUUCAGUCUACGGACUGGAAGGAAAGGCCGUGUUGAGUCUGAAGACCUUCGUGAACCCUAAGUGGCCGAUCAUACUCUACUCUAGCGACUGGCGAAGGUCGGUAGGGGAUGAGUUUUGGGAGGCGAACUGGGCGAGUCUGUGCCAGUGCUUGGACUCUCUUAGCGAUUUCUGGAGGACCGAGGUAGCUUUGACGGCAGAGAGAGCCGUACCAUGGAAGUCUCCGCCUUGGUUUUCCACUUUCUGA